GGGAUGGUUGUUUUUCUAAGAAAGAAAUCCAUGCUGCUAGCUACGGGCUUUCGCCACUCCGUUGGCCUCGCGCCAUCUCCAUUUCCAUCUCCCAAUCUUCAUCGUCAAUGUAGUUAAUCCACUCAGUAUUCUGCAGUUCCCAAUCUCCAUCUUCAUCUCCAUUUCUCUCUGAUUCUCCAUCAGAUAGAAAGUUCAAAAUUCAAACCUUCUCCAAUCAAAUUCCUCAAAACCCCAUCAAUUUGGGUUGAGACCGGCAAAAUGGACAUACUCUACGCUCAGAUCCAGGCGGACCUCCGCUCGAGCGACGCCCUCCGGCAGACCUCCGCCCUCCUCCUCGCCCUCCAGCAGUCCGCCGCCGGUCGCGACAUCUCCGUCAUUGCCAAGUCCGCCUGCGAGGAGAUCGUUGCCUCCCCCGCCUCCGCCAUCUGCAAGAAGCUCGCCUUCGACCUCGUCCGCUCCACCCGCCUCACUGCCGACCUCUGGGAGACAGUAUGCACCGGCGUACGCACCGACCUCGACUUCCCCGACCCCGAUGUUACUGCCGCCGCCGUCUCUAUUCUCGCCGCCAUUCCCUCCUACCGCCUCGGCAAGCUAAUUGCUGACUCCAACAAAGAGAUCUCCAACUGCUUUGAUUCCUCCAGCGAUAAUCUCCGGUUCUCCAUCACCGAGACCCUGGGGUGCGUCCUCGCGCGGGACGAUCUUGUGACGCUGUGCGAGAACAAUGUGAACUUGUUGGAUAGGGUUUCGAAUUGGUGGAACCGGAUCGGGGAGAACAUGCUGGACCGGUCCGAUGCGGUCUCGAAGGUUGCGUUUGAGUCGGUGGGGAGGCUGUUUCGGGAGUUUGAUUCGAAACGGAUGAGUCGACUGGCGGGGGACAAGCUAGUCGACAGUGAGAAUUCUCUUGCGAUUAGGUCGAAUUGGGUGUCUUCGAUGGUUGAUUUUGUUUGGAAGAAGAGGAAUGCAUUGAUGGCGAGGUCGUUGAUUCUGCCGAUCGAGAAUUUUAAGGCUACGGUUUUUCCAAUUGUUUAUGCCGUGAAGGCUGUGGCUUCUGGUGCAAUUGAGGUCAUCCGCAAACUUUCCAAAUCUUCUCGCAGUGCCAAUGCUCAUACGGUGGAUUCUGGGAAUGCGGAGAGGUUUGUGGGAGUGUCGGACGUGGUCUCACAUUUGGCUCCAUUCUUGGUUUCGUCAUUGGAUCCAGCAUUGAUAUUUGAAGUUGGAAUUAAUAUGUUGUACUUAGCUGAUGUUCCUGGAGGCAAGCCUGAAUGGGCUUCAUUAUCAAUCAUUGCAAUUCUUACGCUCUGGGACAGGCAAGAAUUCUUUUCUGCCAGAGAGAGUAUUGUUAGGGCCGUUGUAACGAAUUUACACCUCCUUGAUCUCCAUAUGCAGGUUUCACUGUUUAAGAGGUUGCUUCUAAUGGUGAGAAACUUGAGAGCAGAAUCAGAUCGCAUGCAUGCUUUAGCCUGUAUUUGCCGUACUGCUCUUUGUGUUGACCUUUUUGCAAAGGAGAGUGUCCGAAGAGGUCAGAAACCACUCCCUGGAACUGAUAUUGCUUCACUUUUUGAAGAUGCGAGAAUAAAAGAUGAUCUUAACAAUGUAACAAGCAAAAGCUUAUUUAGAGAAGAGUUGGUUGCAUCCCUGGUAGAGAGCUGCUUUCAGCUAUCUCUACCUUUGCCAGAACAAAGAAAUUCAGGUACAGAGAGUAGAGUUAUUGGAGCCUUGGCAUAUGGGACUGGCUAUGGUGCCUUAAACUGGACAGAGCCAGCUUUAGAAGUGGUGGAAGUUUGUAGGCCUUGUGUGAAAUGGGAUUGCGAAGGCCGAACUUAUGCCAUUGACUGUUAUUUGAAGCUGCUGGUUAGACUUUGCCAUAUCUAUGAUACUAGAGGAGGUGUUAAAAGUAUUAAAGGUGGGGCAUCUCAGGAUCAAAUUUUGAAUGAAACAAGGUUACAAAAUUUGCAACGUGAACUUGUAAAAGAUUUGCGUGAGGUCAAUACCCCAAGAAUAUGUGCACGCCUUGUUUGGGCUGUUGCGGAACACAUUGAUCUGGAGGGGUUGGAUCCACUUCUAGCUGACGAUCCUGAGGAUCCAUUGAACAUAAUUAUAGCAAAUAUUCACAAGGUUUUGUUCAACAUAGAUUCAGCUGCCACUAUUACAAAUAGGCUUCAAGACGUUCAGGCAGUUCUUCUUUGUGCUCAGCGGUUAGGUUCGCGUCAUGCUAGGGCAGGACAGCUGCUGUCUAAAGAGCUUGAAGAGUUCAGAAACAACGGGUUGGCGGAUUCUGUGAAUAAGCACCAGUGCCGUUUAAUAUUACAGAGAAUAAAAUAUGCUACAAAUAAUCCAGAAAGAAAGUGGGCUGGUGUCAGUGAAGCCAGAGGAGAUUACCCAUUUAGCCAUCACAAAUUAACUGUUCAAUUUUAUGAAGCAUCUGCAGCUCAGGACAGGAAGUUGGAAGGAUUGGUCCACAAGGCUAUUUUAGAGCUUUGGAGGCCAGAUCCUAGUGAAUUAACUCUUUUGCUGACAAAGGGAAUUGACUCAACUUCAUUGAAGGUUCCUCCAAGUGCAUAUACUUUAACUGGCAGUAGCGAUCCUUGCUAUGUUGAAGCAUAUCAUUUAACGGAUUCAAGUGAUGGAAGGAUCACACUUCAUUUGAAGGUUUUAAAUUUGACUGAACUUGAACUUAAUCGGGUAGAUAUUCGAGUUGGUCUAUCUGGUGCCUUAUAUUUCAUGGAUGGAUCCCCCCAGGCUGUACGGCAGUUGCGUAACCUUGUCUCACAGGACCCAGUGCUCAGCAGUGUGACUGUGGGUGUAUCCCAUUUUGAGAGAUGUGCCCUCUGGGUUCAAGUCCUGUACUACCCCUUUUAUGGAAGUGGUGCUGCAGGGGACUAUGACGGAGAUUAUACUGAAGAAGAUCCACAAAUCAUGAGACAAAAGAGAGGCCUUAGGCCAGAACUAGGAGAACCCGUGAUUUUAAGGUGCCAGCCUUACAAGAUUCCGUUGGCUGAGCUUCUUUUGCCACAUAAAAUAUCACCAGUUGAAUACUUCCGCCUAUGGCCUAGUUUACCGGCUAUAGUAGAAUAUACUGGUACAUAUACAUAUGAAGGGAGUGGCUUUAAGGCUACUGCUGCUCAGCAAUAUGGGGCCUCUCCGUUCUUGAGUGGACUAAAAUCACUGUCUUCCAAGCCAUUCCAUAGAGUUUGCUCACACAUCCUCCGGACAGUGGCUGGGUUCCAGCUUUGUUUUGCUGCUAAAACUUGGUAUGGAGGCUUCUUGGGUAUGAUGGUAUUUGGUGCCAGCGAGGUCAGCAGAAAUGUGGAUUUGGGCGAUGAGACGACCACCAUGAUUUGCAAAUUUGUAGUCCGAGCUUCAGAUGCGUCAAUUACGAAGGAAAUAGGAUCAGAUCUGCAAGGCUGGUUGGAUGAUCUUACAGAUGGGGGUGUGGAAUACAUGCCAGAAGAUGAAGUGAAAGUGGCAACUGCAGAGAGGCUAAGGAUCUCAAUGGAACGUAUAGCAUUGCUAAAGGCAGCCCAAGCACCUCCAAAGCCCCCAAAAUCUGAUGAUGAAGAAGAUGAAGAUGAAGAUGAAGACAAAAACGAGAGUGAUGAUGAAAAGAAGGAAAAGAAGGAAGAUGGCGAGGAAGAUGGUAAAACCAAGGGACCUUCUACCCUGUUAAAGUUAACUGCGGAGGAGGUUGAGCACCGUGCUCUUCAAGCUGCAGUGAUACAGGAAUGGCAUAUGUUGUGUAAAGAUAGAGCCACCAAAGUAAAUUGACUUCCAAUGUUGUUGGUUUAGUUUUAUUCUUUGUAUUCUUGUAUUCUGCUUUUGAUGUUUGGGUAGCUUGAUGCUGAAAAUUUUACUUUGGUGCAUCUGUUAGCAUUGGUUUUUUUUUUUUCUUAUAUUCUUCUAAUGUCCAUUUGUAUACCAUGUGUACCUUGUACCCGUUAUAGCCACUUCACCUGCUCAUUUUGAGAAUUUUGAUCGAAAUUCAUGAUUUGUCU